AUGUGUGUUCGCUUAUUUGGGCUUCCCCGGCAGGUUGGCAGAGGAACUGUCAAAAGGGAAGAAUUCAUAGAACCUUCCACUGACAGAGAGUGUGGAAGAAAGAAAGAUGCAACAGAAAGUCACAUAUCAGUAGAUGUGAGCUCAAAUUCAAAGGGUAUUUCUGUCAGGAUUAUUCAUGCAGGAAGGCGAGAGGAGCUGUAUUACAAUGCAGUCCCUGCAUCUCAAUUGAUGAAAAAAUAUCCUGGCAUGUGUAUUGCCCGGCCAGACGUUUUCAAAAAUCCCCAUGGUUCCUUUUUAUGGCCAGAAGAGAACCUCUUGCCUGGUCAGAAAUAUUACAUGAUCCCAUCUACUACUGCACAAAAACUUAAGCGUAAAUACCCGGAGAAGGUGAAGAUCAAAGCACCUAUGGAACCCCAAGAAUCCAAAGAGGACAUCCCAGAUGAAAAGAAGAUCAUGGAUUCAGGUAAAGCAAAUGGGAAGGAACCUGAACCUUCUUCUUCUGCAAAAGAAUAUUUGGUUUCUAAUGCAAGGUGGUCAAGACCCAUAUUGAGGAAAGGAAUGAGAGAAAGAAAGCCUUUUGUGCCUCCAAUACCAAAAGCAAGACCAUGUAGACCAGGAUUCGGGUGGGAGCCUAGCCUGCCUUCUGUACAAGAGAUUUCUCCAUGAAUUUUUGGCUUUCACCGAUUGCUAUGAAGGUGUUCUGCAUGAAACUCCGUCUUUCUAUCAUCCGAAACAACCUUAUCUUCCAAGAUUUGUUGCAUUGCAUUUCGAUAAUCAGAGAAAGCAAGGAAUACAGAUCAGAGCAUUGUUAUCAAUAA